AUGGUUUCUACAAGGCAAAUGACAAUAGGGAACAAUGGGACUGGUGAUGGAAGCCAGUCUCCCAGUGAAGGGCCUGCAAAAUUUACUAGAAACAGUACCAGUACCACAACUACUGUUACUGCGGGGUGCAGUAGUACUGUGCAAUAUAGCAGAGCUCCUACAAUACCAGUGCAAUCAAAAUUCAUUAGCAUUCUUGACUUACCCCAAGAAGUCUUAGAAAAGAUAUUUAGCUACUUAAAAUUUAAGAAUAUAUGCCAGUUAAGACUGGUUUCCCGUACUAUAAACCGUGUAUGCGGACAGAUUCUUAAUUCAAACUUUCUACGUUAUCAAAAUCAAAUGCUUCAACGAUUUCAAGAGAUCAAAGCAAAAAUGCCUCGAAGAGAAUCGGCCAGACGUAGUCAUUUUCUUGCCUGCGAAAGUGAUAUUAUAGAAACUCUACAUAUGCGAUUGACACUUUUGCAAAUGACUUUUGGAAAGCAUAUCGAAAGAAAACAUUGCUGCUUCUUUCCUGGCGAGAUUUUAGAUGAAGUCAACGAUAUUUUGCAUUAUAUCAAAGUCACUCCCAAGCUGGACUUGCCUUACAAAGUAACUGAUGAAAUGUUUGACUUAUCUACGAUGGCCAUGGAGUAUUUUAAAGAGAAGAUCGAGCCCAAUUUGCCAGAAAUUGCUUACUUCAGUUCAGACUUCUUGAACUUUUCCGACAGAUUUUCAAACUCUUCAUCGCUGCUGGUGGAAACGUCAAAAGAUAGUGGACACGCAUCCACCGACGAACUAGAAAGCGGAGAGGACAUGGUGGAAACUAUUCCGCAGUCGAAUAUGGUCCUUCGAAAACGUAUUCGCAAAAUCAAGCAGGGCAUGAAACGGUACAAUAAUCAACUCAGUUUGUUGCGACAAGAUCUGAGAUCUUGCAAGAAGAAAACAUCCGAUCAACAGAAACAAAUAACUGAACAACAGAAACAGCUGGCUGAUCAACAGAAACAGACCUUAGAAUAUGCUACACGUUUAGACGAAUAUGACAAAAAGAAUGAAGAAAUUUCACGGAAAUUUAGUACACUACUCCAAGAGCUGAACAAAUGCAAGACAGAGUUGCAAUAUUGGAGGUGCAGGUCUCCAACCACUCCCCCAUUCUGCAACACAUGCGGCAAUGCUAUUGCUCCUCAACCAGAGGAAUUGCAAGCUCUUAUGAACCAAGGUGUUAAUCCAGAGGGAUUAGGUUUAGCCGUAGAACCAAUUUCUGAUUUAGUAAACUUGGAAAGUUUAGAAGCUUCUAAAGUGGUCGAAGAAGAUUUAAAAAUUUUAGAAAAGAAGUUAAUUCCGUUGGACCAGCCAAGCACUUCGGUAGAGACGCUUCCCGUCAAGGUGAAAAGAAAAGUCGACGAAGAGGUAAUGGACGAGCAGCCAAAAAAGAAGACGAGGCGGUUCGCUAAGAUACGCAACUUUUUCGAAAGCCGCCACCUUUCAAAAGUAACGAAUGAUAUUCUUUUUGAAAAUUUGGGGAAGUCCAUUAUUACAUAUGCGGUUGGGCAACGAGCGGUUUUUAAUAUAUAUCAAAGUACAAUGAGUCGAAUUUUUCUUAUGUUCUACAUUUAA